CAUUCUUCCAUGCUACUUCCUUUCACUCUAGUUUAUUUUAUUAUUUCAGUUUCCAUGACUUAUAAAUAGCCUAAAACUCGAUAGACACCAUCAAACACUUGCAUCAAUCUAAAUUGACUCAAAACAGAAACAAGUGUUCUAAUGGAGGAAAAAUUUAUUUCUUCCAAACCAUGUGCCAAAGAAGAUAGCAUUGAUUUAACCCAAAUAACACUCAGACCCUUUCAUCUUUCGGACCUUGACGAUAUCAUGGUGUGGUCAACCGAUGAAAAAGUGGCCAAUUUCUGCUCUUGGGAACCUUACACUAGCAAAGAUGAUGCAAUCAAAUUCAUUGAAAGUAUAGAAACCAAGUUUCUACGUUGCAAAGCAAUAUGCCAUAAUGAUCGUGCUAUUGGGUGCAUGCUUAUGUUUGCAAGUUCACUUGAUGAUAAAAGUAGAAACAAAUCUGCAGAAAUUGGUUAUAAUCUAGGCUCUAAAUAUUGGGGUAAGCGCCUUGCAACGUGGGCUGUGAAACAAAUUGUUAUGGCUGCAUUCAGUGAAAUGUCACACUUGGAAAGGCUUGAAGCUCUUGUUGAUGUGGAAAAUGUUGGGUCUCAAAGAGUGUUGGAGAAAGCUGGUUUUCAAAAGGAAGGAGUUCUCAGGAAGUAUUUGUUCAUGAAAGGAAAAAGCAGAGAUAUGAUUAUGUUCAGCAUUCUUUCAACUGAUCUUCAGCUAUGAUUAAUUUGUUUAGAAAAUAUGAGCAAAUUUUCACCAAAGGGCACACAUAUUGAUACAUGAAAUGGUGUCUUGACAUAGAGUCAUUUAGAGGAGGGAGAGAUCUUGGCCUUCUCGUUUUGAUACAUGAAAUGGUGGAAAUACCAUACUUAUUAUAUUAAAAAGUUCAAUAUUUUAUUUUGUCAAGUAGUUUAGUGGCUAAAAAUUUCACUCGUGAAUAAGUGAGGUGUCCGGA